AUGAAGGGCCUAUUCGUUAAUAAAAAAUCCCCCAAGAAGACGACAGCAGGCGACAACACCGAUUCUAACACCGCCGGCCCCCACCAUCACCAAGAAAAAGUGCAACCGCAAAUCCCUCGUUCCGAACAAACCUCGCCUGUUAAAUCUUCUACUUCGUCAUCGUCCAAAUCUCCAACAAAAAAGCCCUCCCGCCCCGCAUCGCCUGCUCAGCGGGAGCAGCCUAAAUCCCGAAGUUCUCGCUCUUACGCGAGGCAUUCGACCGAUCAAGGCCAGUCUUCCUCAAGACGGAGUAAAAUUGACACGAACACUCACCCUCUCAAUUUGCACCCGGACGAGAUCAAACGCUUAUCUGCUCAAUUUAACAUGAACCGCACGUCGCUUGACAAGAUGGACGUGGACAAAGAUACACCGACCGCAACUCCUUCCUCACCACCCCCCGUACAACCGCAAUCUUCUUUCACCGUACCUGUCAAGUCUCCCAAGGUCACCGCCACUCCCAAGACCAAUGGAGUAAAGAAUGGCGCAACCGAGGAGCCGCAGGGUCCAGCGCCUCCACCUCAUCGAUCUAACCCUUCUAGCCCGGUGCCCAAUGAUGCUGAGUUAGCCGAAGCUCACAAAGGCGAUGGCAAUAGAUUCUUCAAGCAGAGAGAUUAUGCUCGAGCCAUUGCCGAGUACACUAGUGCUAUUCAACUUAUGCCCAACGAGCCUACCUAUCUUAGCAACCGUGCUGCCGCUUACAUGUCUGAUGGUCGAUAUGAAUCUGCUUUGGAUGACUGCACUCGCGCUGUGGAUUUGGACCCUAACAACGCCAAAUUUCUUUUGCGUCUAGCUCGUAUCUACACAAGUCUUGGACGUCCCGAAGAGGCGUUAACGACCUUUGAUCGCAUUCGUCCGGCCGCUUCCGCCAAGGAUAUGGCCGCUGCUAGGGAGAUGAUGCAUCAUGUCAAGGCUGCCCAGGACGCUCUUGACCGUGGUACUAGUGGUUCUAUGGUUCUACAUGCGUUAGACCAGGCUGAGAAGCUACUUGGUGGAGCUGUGAAGCCUCGAAAAUGGCAGUUGAUGCGCGGCAACGCUUAUCUUAAAAUGGGAGGCGCUAACUCCUUUGGAGAGGCGCAGAAUGUAGCCAUGGGACUUCUCAGACUUAACAACCAGGAUCCGGAAGCAUUGGUAUUGCGUGGUCGUGCUUUGUAUGCUCAGGGCGAGAACGACAAGGCCAUCCAGCAUUUCCGUAGUGCAUUGAGCUGUGAUCCCGACUUCAAGGAUGCCAUUAAAUGGCUUCGAACGGUCCAGAAAUUAGACCGAAUGAAGGAGGAGGGCAAUGCGGAUUACAAAGCCGGCAGAUGGGAUGCUGCAUUUAACAAGUACUCUGCUGCCCUGGAAGUAGAUCCUACGAACCGAGGCACGAACUCGAAGCUCUACCAAAACCGAGCUUUAUGUCGACUUAAGCUAAAGCAAUUCACUGAGGCGAUUGCUGACUGUGAAAGAGCUAUUUCCCUUGAUUCUACUUACGUCAAGGCCAGGAAGACCAAGGCUAAUGCAUUGGGUCAAGCCGAUAAAUGGGAGGACUGCGUUCGUGAGUGGAAGGCUAUUCAAGAACUAGAUCCAGAAGAUCGCAGUAUCCCUAAAGAGAUCCGCCGAGCGGAAUUGGAACUUAAGAAGAGCCAACGCAAGGAUUACUAUAAGAUCCUUAACGUCGACAAGAGUGCCGACGAGAAUGGCAUCAAGAAAGCUUACCGCAAGCUUGCUAUCAUUCACCACCCGGACAAGAACCCCGGCGACGAGGCUGCCGCUGAACGAUUCAAGGACAUCGGCGAAGCCUACGAGACAUUGAGCGACCCUCAAAAACGAGCUCGAUAUGACAGUGGCGAGGAUCUGAUAGAUCCCUCCGAUAUGUUCGGCGGUGGCAUGGGAGGCGGAAUGGCUGGCGGCAUCGACCCGGAGAUCCUAUUCAGCAUGAUGAACGGCGGCGCAUCCUUUGGCGGCCAAGGCUUCGGCGGCGGUGGUUUUGGUGGCCGAUCACGCCCGCAGGGAUAUCCGGGCGGUUUCCACUUCACGGGUUGA